AUGGCCGAUUUUCUCCUGCAUGAAGGGCCCAUGGGCUAUUCCGUGUUCAAGGUCGUCCACCAGGCUGAUACCGUCGGCAAUCGUCUGAAGGAGGUUCAAGAUAGUGUUCAAGAUCUUGCACGAUUUGGGAAGAUGGUGGACCUCGUCAGUUUCCUGCCAUUCGAGAGCGGAAAGCAAGCGCUUUCAGAGCUGAACGACAUCUCUGAAGGCAUCGCAUCAGAUUAUCUCAAAUCCUUCCUCGAACUAAACCUCCCAAAGGCUGGAAAGAAGAACAAAAUCACCUUGGGUGUCUCGGACAAAAUCCUUGCGGCCAGCAUCAAGACAGCAUUCCCCAACAUCGAGUGUGAGACUGGAGACACAAGCGAAGUUGUUCAGGACAUGCUUCGAGGAAUCCGGCUACACUCCGAGAAGCUCCUCAAACAACUCCGCGAAGGUGACACGAAUACCGCACAGCUUGGUCUAGGCCAUGCGUACUCCCGGGCCAAGGUCAAGUUUUCCGUGCAGAAAAACGACAACCAUAUUAUUCAGGCUAUCGCAAUACUCGACCAGCUAGAUAAAGCGAUCAACACCUUUUCUAUGCGUGUGCGCGAAUGGUAUUCAUGGCACUUCCCAGAGCUCAUCAAGAUCGUCUCAGACAACCACAAGUACGCCAAGGUAGCACUAUUCGUCAAGGACAAGAAUACCUUAUCCGACAGCAGCCUUCACGACCUAGCUGCAGUAGUAGAUGAUGACGAGGAAAUCGCAAAGAGUAUCAUCGAUGCGGCCAAAAUAAGCAUGGGUCAAGAAAUCUCGUCUUCAGAUAUGGAAAAUGUGACCUUGUUUGCGGAACGAGUGGUCAGCCUCGCUAAUUACCGAAAGACACUGCACAGCUAUCUCGUCUCUAAGAUGGGCGUGGUUGCGCCCAACUUGGCUGCCCUUAUCGGGGAAAUUGUGGGAGCCCGGUUAAUUUCUCACGCUGGCAGUCUGACCAACCUGUCAAAAUAUCCCGCUUCUACAGUUCAGAUAUUGGGAGCGGAAAAGGCUCUUUUCAGGGCAUUGAAAACAAAAGGAAACACGCCUAAGAUUGACAACUUCUCCGAAACUCCAUCUACAGUCUUUGGGCAAGCACUAAAGAAACAAGUUGAGGAACGUCUAGAAUUUUAUUCCUCGGGGGCACAACCCACCAAAAACGAGGCAGCGAUGAAGGAUGCUAUGGAAAAGGUCCUUGCAGAAAUGGAAGUCGAAACCCCCACCAAAACGGCCACCGAUCAAAGUGAAACAGCAGCCCAGAAGCCGGAUAGCGCAAAGAAGGACAAGAAGAAGGAUAAGAAGGGGAGGAAAGACAAGAUCGAAGAUCCAGAAGACACUGGCAAAAAGGAGAAAAAGGAUAAGAAGCGGAAAGUGACCGAGAUGGAUAAUGAGGGAGGCGAGAAGAAAAAGAAGAAAUCAAAAUCCAGGGAUUAG